GAAAUCUCGGAGGACCAAGUACGCAAAACAGAAAUGCGUAUAUAGUCUGUACGCAAAUUGGGCUGGCCAGUCAUAAAAUAACAUGCAACUUUCAAACUAGCACGCAAACCUAUCGUCUCUGUGGCUUUUGAAUUUGUACCUGCAUAUUACCCUUAAAAUGACGUCAACACAAGCGUGCACGAUGGACUGCAAGUCCGAGAACAUCCGGAAAGAGAAGGCCCCGAAAGCACGACGCAAGCUGAAGGAAAUUGAACGAAAUUUUGUUUGCAACAUAUUAGGUUGCAGCCGCAUCUACGCAUCAGAGCAGUCAUUAAAGCAGCACAAGAAGCGCAAGCACAAGUUUUUCAGCGCCCACGAGGAGAACAAAAGGGCUCAGAUGUUGGAGAGGGAAUCCUUUCAUAUGCAUCUGGUUGCAACGAGAAUGGAUAAGCAUCAGCAAAUGUACCAACGAUUAAGCGCUGCGCGCGCGUCUUGCACUCCAUUUCCACGGGCUGCUGCACCUUGUCAAACGAAUGAUUGGCGUCAGCAUAGAGUAGCCCAAAGUGUUGCCUAUUCAAAUGGGGAGAAUAGAGAGAACGCGCGGACGGCAUCAAUUCAAAAAUGCAGCCCUCGUGGGCAUUCACACGUGGACGUUUUGAUGGCUGCAGAUAAUUUUGUUGAUUCUUCAAGGACGAUCGGCCUUGGCAGAGUCACAUUUCCUACUGGAUCUGAUACUGAUGAGGUGGCUACUAUAGAUGAAGAGCAGGACUCAAUGUGCUUGAGUUCGGAUUGUUUAGAUUCAGCUUUCUCAUUACAUUGCCAACAACAAUCGCUGGGGCAAGACUUGAUUAUGAAUACUAAUGGCGUGGACGUCUUGAGUGGAGUUGAUAGCUUCAUCUUUCCUGAGCUGGCACUACUAGACCAGUCUGAUCUCUUUGACCAGGCCAACAAUGCCGUGACUAAGAACAUAGACCCAUUGAAUAUGAAUAAUGACAUUGGUUUCGGCCCUGAUGUGCAUAAUUUGCUUGGCCAGGACAUCUUUAGCGACAAUCUUCACAUUGAAUUGAAUGCUGAUUACGGACUGAAUGCGACCUCGAAUUCGUUCAAUGAUAUUCUUAGCAGAGAAGACAGUAUUUCUACUAUCUGCUCGCCACAAAUGCAAGCAAACCGGUUCAGCUUCAGCUCCUUUUCUGAUGGGAUUGACUUUGGAGCUAGUGUUGGUUUGGCACGGAGUGAUAGUUUCUCAUCAGAUAGUGCAUCUUCUAGAGGAUCUGUACAGGAUCUUCAAUUGCAUUCAAUAAGUACAGCAUCAUUGAUAGAUGCAGGACCAAGCGAUAAUGGUGAAGUCCUUAAUCAGAUUAUGGAGUUGAUUGAAGCCAACAGGAGGAUUAACUUUCAACUGAUGUCUUUAUCAUAGUUAAAUAUGCCGUGUGCACAUAUUAACAACAUUAGCAACUGGGAAAUUUCGGCCGACAGUGCGCGAUUAAUUAAGCCAAGGACAUAUUUUACGCCUUUUACCCCUCGAAAUAUAUAUAAGUAAAAGACAAAUUGGAUGCAAUUAUUUUAGAGUAUAUAUAUAUAUAUAUAUAUAUAUGAUAUACAACCUUCGAUAUAAAAUUAAAACACUGUUCAUCUCUAUACUGUAACAAA